AUGGACAACGAAGUCAUUCUGGAUUGUAUCGUCGUUGCUGUCGACACUGAUCGGCCUUUUUCAAUGGCUCCCCAAAAUGAACCAUCCACGUCAGGAGAAACGGAUGCCGCAGAAUACAACAGCGACAGUGAUAUUGACGAUGUUACGUCGGAACAGGAGCAGGGCCAUGCCGCCAUCAAUUCGCCAUCCAGCGCAGCUGCCUUCAGGCGAGCGAAAUCCCACAUAUCUACACUCGCUCGAAGUACUCUCAGGAUGGGCGCCAUCUCACCAAGCAGACCUCCCGGCGCGAGGCAGUCCUCGGGCUCCAACUCUAACAACGGCCAACCUCGCAAGCAAGCCCUUCACGAUUCCUUUUUAACUGGUCUUUCUCGAAAUCAGCAGUCGGUCCGGCACAGUGCAAAUCGCCAGACAGAAUCUGCGUUCAAGAGAAAAGAAGAAGAUCCUCGCCCUGCCACCGACAAGUUUGCUCAGUCUCGAUUUGCACCCAUAAAUGUCAUCACCAUCGAUAGCGACGACGACGACGAAAUCGGUUCCGACGACGAGCCUCUAGCCGUGGUCCGCAAACGGAAGCAUAGCAGUGCCAUCGGACAUCCUUCGGGACUCCCACCGAUACCACCCAAGACGAGAAAGGCAAAAUCGACCCCGACACACAUAGAGCCGAUCAGGACGAUAAAGCUCAACAGCAGCUAUGCAGAGUCGGUGCCACCUACUGCAAACAAGCGGCCGCGUCCUAGCUAUGUCUCCGAAACAGAUUCAGAAGUAUACACGGAUGUUUCUCAGAGGGACGAUGACCAGAGGAACCGAGAUUCGAAGCGUCUUGGCCACAGCUUUCCCCCUGUUUCCAAUUAUGCCAUCAAAGAAUCAGACAGCAGUGACAAAAGUCAGCUGCGUUGGCCGGACCUUCUGAAGCAGUACCAGCCCCGACUGGAAAAGGUGGAAAUGACUGAUCUCGACUCUGACCCACACAAUGCGUGCGCAGUCACUGGCGAGCCAGGGGCAUACCUAGUCGACUUUCACAGUGCUCAUGAGACUUUCCCACAUCUCAAAGACGACACUCACGAUUUGGAGGCUAAGCUGAGUCAACAGGAAAUCAAAUUAUUAUCUCUUUCUCAUCAGCUAGAUGAGUCUCGAGCAAUUGCGAAGAUGGCGAUACGGGGAAAGCUGGAAAAUGAUAGGGAAUUGACGUCCCUGAAAGAUGAUCUGAAGGUUUCCAAGGCAACAAUAGAAAGCCUACAACAGAAGCUCGAACAUGAUAGCAGGGAUGAAAGAAUCGCUCAACUCGAGGCAUCCGAGGCUGAAAGGAAGAAGCAGACUGGACAGCUUCGAACUCAGAUCCAUGGCCUCGAGCAACAGGUCGACGGACUCGAGACAUCCGAGGCAAAUAUGAAGAAGCAGACUGGGCAACUUCGGACUCGGAUUCAGGAUCUCGAGCACCAAUGCGAGAGGUUUAUCAGGAAGUCCCUCGCUGACGAUGCCAUGAUCAGACAAGUGAACGAGCUUCAAAAACGGCUAAGUUCCAAGAUGGACGAGACCAAAGAACAGGAGCAGAGAAUUAUUGGCCUCAGUCAAGAGCUGCACUGGCACGAGGAAUUGCGCGAGAAGGAAAACAAAGAGUGGCACGAGCGAUACAUCCAGGAGCAGCAAUGGCGGACAGACUUGCUGGCGACCAUUAGAAAAGUUGAGCGACAAUAA